AUGCAGUGGAGAGGUCGUUUGUCGCCCUCCCUGCUGCAGGCGACCAGGGCUAUCCAGAAGUGUGACGCUUGCCUUCCGCCGCACGAGCGCGCAGGAGUUGACGUAUGCCGCGAGUGUCGCGUCAGCUUCGACGGUGGACGGCUGCCCAAAGCCUGCUCGGUUAACAACAUGGCCAUCGGUUGCGAGCAUCGGUACCCCAAGGAGCUUGAUGACCUCUCUCCCGUUGAAGAGAGACUCAUUGCCCUGCACGCACCUUUUGGCUAUAUCACCAAGUUCACGGUCGACAACAAGACCCGUUCGGGAAUCAGCUACCGCAAGCACAUGAAAGGACAUAUCGUCGUCUUUCCGAACAAGGUGGACGAUCUUGUUGCCACCGUUCUUCCCCAUCCCUUACUGCAGGCCAUUGAGAACAUCCACAUCUCUUGGAGCGGUUCGGGCAAGCCUGGCUCCGCAGACGUCAGACACCUGCUUCAGGUGCGUAAAUCUCGAGUGGCAGCUGCCCUGGCAUGGCUGCGAAGGAACAACCCGCUUUACGAGGACAUCGCAAUCGACCAAGCGGAGAUAGAUGGCUGGCAGUAUGCCGACGGGUCCAGUGUUCCGACCGUCAUCAUGGACCGCAUGCGAAGAGAGGAACCGUCGACUGUUGAGAAGACACAGACGGACCAUAUAGUGCCGGACACCGACCGAGGCUUGCAGGAAAACAGCUUUAGAAGCAUCGAUGAACUGGUGAACUCGAUCGAUCCUACUUUCAUCGCCGAAUCUUGCGAUUUGGACUGUACUCUGUCGACCGAGCAGACUCAACCCUCUCCUGGUGAGCCGGUGACUCUUGUCCCCGACUCGGCUGCCAUCGGCCAGGAAGUGGACACUGUCUGUGAGACGUCUACGUCCGGCAUGUUUCCUCUCGAUGGACCGGCUGCCUUCGCCGAGACCGAUAAACUGUCGUUUCUGGCCGACAUCGUAAACGCCAAUCCAGACCGACAUGGCACCUCUGUGCCACUUGAGCAAGCCUAUGCGAACUUGACCGAGGACCGACUGAAGAGGGCCGAGGCGGAGAUGCGGGAGACCAGGACUACGUCGGACCCCGACAUAUCGCUCUUGCUUCGCGAGCUGUCGAUCUUUGGCCAUGCACAGCCGCUCUCGAACGAAUCCCGUUUACUUAUGCGGAGGAAGAUACAAGCUCUGGACAUCCGCGCCGGUAUGCCUGCAAUCUGGAUUACCAUCAGUCCUAACGACAUUAAUAAUCCGGUGAAGAUGAAGCUUGCCAUUCAUAGGCUCCACGAUUACGAGUCUGCAAAGGAACUUUUAGCCGAUCUCCGUGAAAGGUACGACAGAAUCGCCCUGAGCACCAUGGAUCCGGUCAGCUCGGCCAUCUUCUUCCACCGAGAAAUAUCCCUAUUCUUUGACAAAUACGUGAACACAGGCCAGGAAUCGAUCUUCGGGAAGAUCAGCCACUACUACGCGACGGUGGAAACGAACGAGCGAGGCAGCCUCCACUUGCAUGGGCUCCUCUGGCUGGACGGCAACAUGCGAUUGCCGAACCUGAUGGACGACAUGGCCAAUCCCGCGGAAGGAGCAUAUCGUGCCCAGGUGAUCCGAUACGUAGACUCCGUCUUUCAUGAGUGUCUAGAUGAAGAUGCCGGAAAAGCCGUGCGACAGGAGAGGAAGCCUAUCUACCCUGUGGAGGAGGUCAUGACGAGCACCUCGGCUCUCACUGCGGCCUUCGAAGACGAAUCCAACUUCAUCGCGUACUGUUGCCAAGUGCACUCCCACACGUACACCUGCCUCAAGUAUUCUCUGAAGGGCAUCGUCGAACAGGGUGCAGAUCCACAGAGAAGGACAGCCUGCCGCUUCAAGGCACCGUGGAAGAUCGUCGAGGAGACAGGGUUCACAGAGGACGGUCUGCUUCAGAUCCGGCGUAACCAUCCACUCGUCAACCGGUAUAACAAGUCAUUGGCGGUCGGCCUUCGCCACAAUCACGACGUCUCGAUGAUCUUGACCAAAACCAAGGGCCUGGCCAUGGUGUACUACAUCACGAACUACGCCACCAAACUGGAUACGCCGAUGUGGAAGCGCAUUGCUCUCGCCACCGAGGUUGCCCGCCAACUUCGCGAGGCCGGUCGUCCGACGUCUCGCGCGCCAGGUCCCACCCUGCCCGACGAGAGGCAGCAGGCAGUAUUGAACGAAAGCCGUCAAUUCCUGAUGAGAACGGCAAACCGGAUCUUCUCCGAGCGACAGCUCUCGGCUGUGGAGGUCUGCUACCAUCUCCUUGGAUAUGACACCGACUUUACCAACGUGCCGCAUUGGUCCUUCCUGAACUUGACGGCCCUCUACUGGACAAUCUUUCGGCUGUGGGCGCAUCUCCGCCAUCAGGCCGGCGAGCUGACGGACGCCGUACAGCCCCCGGAGACAAUCCCUCUGAGGCAAGGAGGGCGAACCCUUCUAUGCCUAGAGGCGUACGCCUACCGCGGUCAUGUUCUACAAGACUUAUGCCUGUAUGACUACAUGUCAAUGAUUCACUUGGAUCCCGACUGUGAAGGCUGGAUGCAAAAGCUUCGACGGCCCGACCAGUACGCCGUCCCGAUCUUCCAAGGAUACAUCAGCGACGACCACGAGGAUGACCACCCAGUGUAUAUUAAGCGCAAUUCUGUCCUACAUUUGGCGCUAUUCGUUCCUUGGGAAAACUUCAUUUCUGAGAGCCUAGGCGAUAUAACCGACAUAUGGACGACGCAUCGGGCGGGCCUUUGUCCCCGUAUCCGUUUCUACGUCUCUAACAUUUGUCUUUUGAGAAAGUCGGCCGAAGACGCGCGUAAGGACGCGAAGCUCUGGGCCAGUCGGUCGGAGGGCGACGACACAAUUGACGUCGAGUACCCACUUGACGAUGGCCGAUACGAAGAAGAGCCUCCAGCGAUGGCUCAUCGUCAGGCCUACAGAGCUCUACUCCAUAUUUUGCGAAAUGCCGUGCAGGACACGGACGCCACAAAAGACUCACCCGUCCUUGGAGUUUUAAUACACGAUCUAUGCGAAGAGAACCCGACUGAAGAAGAGCAACCUUUCGUCCAACGUCAAGAGGAUUUGUACCGGAAUAUGGCCCACGAUCAAGGUGACGCCUCGUGCCAAUUCCCAAUAUCUCAGAACAAUGUCCAAGCAGCGGCCAAGGCCCAACAACUUUUGCAUCUUCGGAUGCUAGACGACAUAGAGGGUGGUUCUCAGGGGACCAUGCUUUCCGCGGAUGGCGCCGACAUCGACGAUACGCUAGCUUGCUACGGCGAUAUGGAGUCCGCUGCUGCGCUCCCGGGCAGCGACCUCAAUGAACGAGGCCCUCGGAUGCUUGUCGACGUCAGUCCGGCAACUAGCUUCGCGGAGAUGGGACACGCCACCGCGGCCAGCUUUACAUUGAACUAUCUACAGACCAUGGCCCUUCGACUCGUUUGCCUGUUUCUGGACAAGUAUACUGCCAAUCCGGACUCAGCGGGUCAGCAUCUUCAAUACACCGGCGGGCCGGGUGGCACGGGAAAGUCGAGGAUUAUCGAUGCCCUCAAGGACGUGUUCGCGGCGAGGAACCAGCCGCAUCUUCUGCAGAUAACCGGCACGUCGGGCAGUUCGGCGGCCCAGAUUGGCGGCACGACCAUCCACUCGGCCUGUGGGUUAGAUUCCCAUCGCGAUCCAAACAAACCGCCUCCCCCCUUCUCGGAGGCGAAGAAGUGGAUCUGGAAACAGAAGCUGGUGCUCGUGAUUGACGAGGUCAGUAUGCUGGGAGGAGCCACUCUGCACAACGUCAGUCGCCACCUGCAGGCGCUCCGUGACUGUCCGGACGAACCGUUUGGUGGCAUGCCUGUCGUUCUACUGAUGGGAGACUUCUACCAGUUCGCCCCCCCCACCAUCUCUCACCACAGCGGCUGCAGAUUGUGGCAUCUGUUCAAAACCGUGGUGCUCCUCGAAGACCAAGUCCGCGCACGCAACGAUCCCCAGCUCCGCGCACUCCUGGACCGAGUCCGUAACGGGCGCCAGACACAGCAAGACCUGGACUUGCUCAACGCCAACAUCGUAGGACGCUCCCAAAUCACCUUCCACGAUGGUUUGCGUGCUAUAACGCCGCUGAACCGCACCCGGUGGGCCCUCAACAUGGAAGCUGUUGUGGGCUGGGCGCGCUUCAACCAGCGGCAUAUCCGUAUCUUUGUCUCGACUCACACCUGGCGUAGCGGCGCGCUUUCUCCAGACAUCGUAGCGCGAACCAUCGGACAAGGCGACGACUCUGCCUGCAAAGUCCCCGGCGUCUUCUUCUACGCCCAGGGCAUACCCGUGGUUGUGAACAAGAACAUCUACACUGGCCUGAAGGUUGUGAAUGGGGCCGACUUUACUGCCGUGGACGUGAUAAUCGAUCCCAAUCACCCGGGAUACUGCUUGGCGGAUGACGUGACCAUCCACUUCGGGCCACCGCUCGGCAUUCUUCUGCAGUCCGAGGAGACGAAAGCCUUGGCGAUACCAUCCCUCCCGGUGGGGACGGUACUCAUCCGUCCCAUGUCGCAUACGCUCGAUUCGACUAGCUCUCACUUCAAAUUCUUGUCGGCAAGAUGCACGCGACGUGGGUUGCCCGUCGUACCAGCCUUCGUUCUCACCGAUUACAAGGCCCAGGGUAAAACGUUCGUCGAAGUACUGUUGGAGCUGCGUGGAAAUCGUGUGACCAAUGGUGAACCCUCCAAGUGCGAUUUUACGAGCCUCUAUGUGCAACUGUCCAGGUGCACCUCGCUUCGGGGCAUCAAGCUUCUUGGUCCCGUGAGGUACCAUGAUUUCAUUGGCAAUGGGCUGGAUCAGGCCAUACUUGAUGGAAUGCAGAGACUCAAGAACUUGGCCGCGGAAACGAGACGGUUAUACGAGGGCCAAGGUUUCGAAAAGUAG